AUGGUGACUGUGUCUGACGCGGUGUCGCAGACAAUUGGUGUCGUCAAGGCGACGCCGAACCGAGCGAAUGCGAGACGCGUGUUCCGUUGCCGUCGAGACGAGGCCGGCGAGACGGCCGGACCCGAGGCUCUGGUCCGGUGGGCUCGACGUGUCACCGGCCGGAGGUCGACGUCUGCGGCAGUUUCAUGGCCCACGAACGCCGGCAUGCCGAGGCCCUGGCAACCUGGUGGUUCCUCCGAGAAGUCGAGGCGAUGGCAACAACCAGUUGACCCUGUUCGUCCGGUUCUUCCGGUUUUUCCGGUUCUUCAAGUUCAUCCAGUUCGUCCCAGCACGGAUGAAUCCGGCCGGUGUGUGGGUGUGUGUGUGUGUGUGUGUGUCUUGUCGAGGCCCGAGGCGUCGGAGAGGGCACUUGUCGAGUCGCUCAACCGAAUCCCAAUCCCUUCAGACAUGAACUUGUCGUCUCCGGGUCGACUUCUUGUACACGCCGCCGUCAGAGUUGGCGCCAGAUGCACUUUGUGCGGGUGUGACGACAACUGCGACUGCCGGAAUGCCGACAAAAACGGCUUUUCGGCUCGUUGCCCACGUCUGCCGACGAGGAGGUGA